CUUUUCCAUUUAGUUUAUUUUGUUAUGUUGUGUGUGUGUGAAGGAAAAGAAAGAGACCAGAGAUCGCGGGAGGACAGAGAAGAGCCAUGGCCGGUGAUGAUGAGAAGCCAAGAAGAAGCAGAAGCAGAGAGCGAACACUUGUGUCAUGUUGCUCCAACAAAAGAACAAGGAGAGAUAUCCCAUCUUCAUUAGAACAGUCCCGUUUAUCUCUUAAUGAUCUGCAACCUCUCUUGAUUGAAAUUCUUCAUAGGCUACCCUCCGCUCAAUCUGCGUUUCUGUGCAAGUGUGUAUGCAAAAAAUGUUACUGGAGUAAACCCAGUUGGAAUGUCCUGUUCACAUUUUCGGAUGAACCCAUGUUCAAAUCUCGUGGAUUUGAGCUCAGCUAUCUCCCUGAAAGAAAUGGGUGUGUUAGGGUCUCAGCUAUCGUCAAUGACUUGAUGUUAUGCUGUGUAGCUAAGAUUGAAAUUGGAAUGUUGCAAUAUUAUAUCUGCAAUCCAUUUACAAUGCAAUGGAUUGCCCUCCCAUUGCUUGAAGCUGAUUACAUGAAUGAUUACAAGGUGGGAUUUGUUUGUGAACCUUACUAUUUUGAAGAUAGUCAAGGAGAAAGUUUUAUUAAUAGCAAAUAUCGAUUUAGGGUAGUUCAUUUCACUAGAGUAGAAUCUACGCAAAUAGUUAUGAAAACAUAUUGUUCAGAGAAUCAAAAAUGGUAUAGGUCAGUUCUCGAAGGUUCCGAAUUUUGGUGGAUUACUGAUGUUGUUGCACACAAUGGGAAGUUGCUUUGGUGCAAUCGUGAGCAUAUUUUUGCUUAUGAUCCCUUCAAUCCAGAGCUAUUCACUUCCAUCAAUUGCUCUUAUAUGCAAACCAGGUUGUUGCCCGCAAUGGGAAAAUGCUUUGGGGUGCGUCAGGGCUUUCUAUGUUUGAUGGAAUUGGUAGGUGUGGGCAUUGAUCGGACUUUUCAUAUUUGGAAACUCAAGGAUUAUAAUAACGGGGAAUGGAGCUUGGAGGACCAUGUUUCUCUCAAAGCAAUGAUCCCUGAAAGUUCCUUGGUUCGGGAAAUCGUUGAUGGUAGCGAGAACAAGUUAAAACCGCUGGGUUUCCAUCCAAGUGAUGGGAAUAUUGUCUACUUGCACUUCCAAACUUAUGUCAUCUCAUUCAAUACGCGGACAAAAGAGUUGAAAAUGGCUGGUAAGAUUCCAGGUGUGAGAGAUUCCUUUUGUCACGGAAAGGUCUUCCAUGUUGAACUCCCAUUGUGGCCUACUCCAAUUGCGAAACCAAUAGAAAUCCUUCCAUGCUAUUGAGAACAUGACUGGUUAUUGUUCUGUACUGUUACUCUCAAAUCUUCUCUCACUGCUUUCAUCUUGGUGUUGAUGGUGUGUAAUUCAUCUACUGAUGAGUUAGUCUGUCGGUUGUUACUUGAAUUAAGUUUUUCAUCUGAUAUUUUCAUACCUCUUUCAAGUUUAUAUUUCCA